AUGGCUGGCCUGCUGCUUGUUCUGGAAUCAGAUCAACCGAUGAAGAGGAAAAUCUCUGAGAAGGGUCACGGGAGUCAAGAGGGUUCCCUCUUGGCAUCCCCAGAAGCUUCAACUCUGGAGGCGAUGGGUCGAAAGGAAGAAGAUGACUGCAGUUCCUGGAAGAAACAGACCACCAACAUCCGGAAAACCUUCAUCUUCAUGGAAGUGCUGGGCUCAGGAGCUUUCUCGGAAGUCUUCCUGGUGAAACAAAGGGUAACUGGGAAGCUCUUUGCCCUGAAGUGCAUCAAAAAGUCACCUGCCUUCCGGGACAGCAGCCUGGAGAAUGAGAUCGCUGUGCUGAAAAAGAUCAAGCAUGAGAACAUUGUGACCUUGGAGGACAUCUAUGAGAGCGCCACUCACUACUACCUGGUCAUGCAGCUUGUCUCUGGCGGGGAGCUCUUUGACCGGAUUCUGGAACGGGGUGUCUACACAGAGAAGGAUGCCAGCCUGGUCAUCCAGCAGGUGUUGUCAGCUGUGAAAUACCUCCACGAGAACGGCAUCGUCCACAGAGACUUAAAGCCUGAAAACCUCCUGUACCUCACCCCUGAGGAGAAUUCUAAGAUCAUGAUCACAGACUUUGGUCUCUCCAAGAUGGAGCAGAGUGGUGUCAUGUCCACUGCCUGCGGGACCCCAGGCUAUGUGGCUCCAGAAGUGCUGGCCCAGAAACCCUACAGCAAGGCUGUGGAUUGCUGGUCCAUCGGCGUCAUCACUUACAUAUUGCUGUGCGGGUACCCCCCCUUCUACGAGGAAACUGAGUCUAAGUUGUUUGAGAAGAUCAAGGAAGGCUACUAUGAGUUUGAAUCUCCAUUCUGGGAUGACAUUUCUGAGUCAGCCAAGGAUUUUAUUUGCCACUUGCUGGAGAAGGAUCCGGAUGAGCGGUACAGCUGUGAGAAGGCCCUGAGGCACCCCUGGAUUAACGGAAAUACAGCCCUGCACCGGGACAUCUACCCAUCAGUCAGCCUCCAGAUCCAGAAGAACUUCGCCAAGAGCAAGUGGAGGCAAGCCUUCAACGCAGCAGCCGUGGUCCACCACAUGCGGAAGCUCCACAUGAACCUGCACAGCCCGGGGGUCAGGCCCGAAGUGGAGAACAGGCCACCCAUCCCUGCAGCCUCGAGACCCACCUCCCCAGAGAUCACCAUCACCGAGACUCCCGCCGCCCCGGGCCCGAGCACGGCCGUCCCCACGCCGACCCGACUGCCCUGCCGGCACGGCCCCCAGCCCGCGGCCCCCGGGGGCAGGUCCCUCAACUGCCUGGUCAACGGGUCCCUCCGCAUCAGCAGCAGCUUGGUGCCGAUGCAGCAGGGGCCCCUGGCCGUCGGGCCAUGUGGCUGCUGCUCCAGCUGCACGAACGUCGGGACCAAAGCGAGCGCGUCCUACUGCUCCGAGCCCACGCUCCUCAAAAAAGCCAACAAAAAACAAAACUUCAAAUCAGAAGUGAUGGUACCAGUGAAAGCCGGCGGCAGCUCCCACUGCCGGGUGGGGCAGACUGGAGUCUGUCUCAUCAUGUGA